AGACACACACUAGAGAAAAGUAUUAAGGCUGUUUAUUAGUCUGUUAUUGAAUAUCAGCGCCAGCCAAUAGGAAGCCACCUCGGAGAAAAUUCAUACUACACCUAGCCUACUGUGUAGUAUGGGGGGGAAAUAGGGCGCGUUUCAUUACUGUGAGAUACUACUUAGUACACUAGUAUGCGGUUUCAAACACAUUCGCUCGUGCGUCUCUCUCUCUCUCUCUAGGGGCGGAACCUGGUACCGAAGCACACCUUCCUACUAAGUGAGGUGAAGAGCUCGAGUUCGAAGCGACGAAGGAAAGAGGAGGAGAAGAAGAGAGAAAGGAGGAGGAGGAGGAGAAGAAGAAGACGGUUUGAAAGCGAACGGCUUGCAGAAGGGGCAGGUGGAAGUCAGCGCCGACCCACCUCCACUUGGCGGUCUCGAACAGACCUCGGUUUGGUGGAAAACUGGUUUUAACCUCAAUUGAAAUAUAUUUAUUAUAAAAAAAAAAAAAAAAACAACAACAAACCCAUACAAAAGCUACAUGCAUUUGGGCUGUGUGUAGGAAAUCAUCCCUCAUCCAGAGAAGAGAAAAUGGAAAACGCUCACACUAAAUCAGCGUGUGAAGUUUUAAAACACUUCGACGUGAACGAAAACAACGGACUGACACCAGAACAAGUCAAAAGCAAUCUGGAGAAAUAUGGACCGAACGAACUCCCUGCGGAGGAAGGGAAGUCUCUCUGGGAGCUGGUGGUGGAGCAGUUUGAGGAUCUCCUCAUCAGAAUCCUGCUGCUCGCUGCCUGCGUGUCAUUCGUGCUGGCGCUGUUUGAGGAAGGCGAGGAGUCCACGACGGCCUUUGUGGAGCCUGUAGUCAUCCUGCUCAUCCUGAUCGCUAAUGCAGUCGUUGGAGUGUGGCAGGAGCGUAAUGCGGAGAAUGCCAUUGAAGCCCUGAAAGAGUACGAGCCAGAGAUGGGCAAAGUGUACCGCAUGAACCGCAAGGCCGUGCAGAGAAUCAAGGCUCGGGAUAUUGUGCCAGGAGACAUUGUGGAGGUGGCAAUCGGAGACAAAGUGCCUGCUGAUAUCCGAAUCACCUCUAUAAAGUCCACGACUCUCCGAGUGGACCAGUCCAUCCUCACAGGCGAGUCGGUAUCUGUCAUCAAACACACUGACCCAGUGCCUGAUCCACGAGCAGUUAAUCAAGAUAAGAAGAACAUGUUGUUUUCUGGCACCAACAUCGCCGCGGGCCGAGCCAUCGGUGUCGUGGUCUGCACUGGCGUCUCCACCGAGAUCGGCAAGAUCCGUAACCAGAUGGCGAGCACGGAGCAAGAGAAGACGCCGCUGCAGCAGAAGCUGGACGAGUUCGGCCAGCAGCUCUCCAAAGUCAUCUCGCUCAUCUGCAUCGCAGUUUGGCUCAUCAACAUCGGACACUUCAGCGACCCCGUGCACGGCGGCUCCUGGUUCCGCGGCGCCAUCUACUACUUCAAGAUCGCCGUGGCCCUGGCCGUGGCCGCCAUCCCCGAGGGUCUUCCUGCCGUCAUCACCACCUGCCUGGCUCUGGGGACACGCCGCAUGGCCAAGAAGAACGCCAUCGUGCGCUCACUGCCCUCUGUAGAGACACUGGGAUGCACCUCGGUCAUCUGCUCUGACAAGACAGGAACCCUUACGACCAAUCAGAUGUCCGUGUGCAGGAUGUUUGUGGUCGAUAAAGCAGACCGCUCCAGCUGUUCCCUCCAUAGCUUCACCAUCACGGGAUCAACCUAUGCUCCAGAAGGACAAGUGCUGAAAACUGAUAAACCUGUAAAUUGCGGCGAUUAUGACGGCCUUGUCGAGCUGGCCACAAUCUGCUCCAUGUGUAACGACUCUUCUCUGGACUACAAUGAGGCGAAAGGAGUCUACGAGAAGGUGGGCGAGGCCACAGAAACGGCGCUCACCACCCUGGUCGAGAAGAUGAACGUCUUCAACAGCGACGUGUCCAAGAUCAGCAAAGUGGAGAGGGCAGGAUACUGCAACGGGGUCAUCAAGAAGAUGAUGAAGAAAGAGUUCACCCUGGAGUUUUCUCGGGACAGGAAGUCCAUGUCCGUGUACUGUACGCCCAUUAACGCCAGCUCUCAGACCAGGAUGUUUGUUAAGGGCGCUCCGGAGAGCGUGAUUGAGCGGUGUACACAUGUACGUGUGGGAAAGGGGAAGGUGGAGCUGACUAUGGAUGUAAAGGAUGAGCUGAUGGGGACGAUCAGAGAGUGGGGCACGGGCAAGGACACACUGCGCUGUCUGGCACUCGCCACGCGGGACACACCCCUUCGCAGGGAGCAGAUGGACCUGGAGAACUCUGCCAAGUUCUCGGAGUAUGAGGCGGACCUAACCUUCGUCGGUUGCGUGGGCAUGUUGGACCCACCUAGGAAGGAGGUGAUCGGGUCAGUGAGGCUGUGCAGUGAGGCAGGUAUCCGCGUCAUCAUGAUCACCGGAGACAACAAGGGCACGGCUGUGGCCAUCUGCAGGCGCGUCGGGAUCUUCUCGGAAGAUGAAGACGUGGAGGGCAAGGCGUACACGGGUCGUGAGUUUGAUGACCUCUCCCCCGAGGCACAGCGAGAGGCGGUGAAACACGCACGUUGCUUUGCCCGUGUCGAACCUGCACACAAAUCCAAGAUCGUGGCCUACCUGCAGUCCUUUGAUGAGAUUACAGCCAUGACUGGUGAUGGUGUGAACGACGCCCCCGCUCUGAAAAAGGCAGAAAUUGGCAUCGCCAUGGGGUCAGGUACGGCCGUCGCAAAGUCCGCCUCCGAAAUGGUGCUCUCCGACGACAACUUCUCCACCAUCGUGGCUGCUGUGGAGGAGGGCCGAGCCAUCUACAACAACAUGAAGCAGUUCAUCCGCUACCUCAUCUCCUCGAACGUAGGAGAGGUCGUCUGCAUUUUCCUGACUGCCAUCUUGGGUCUUCCUGAGGCUCUGAUCCCUGUCCAGCUGCUGUGGGUGAAUCUGGUAACAGACGGUCUGCCUGCCACAGCGCUGGGCUUCAACCCCCCUGACCUGGACAUCAUGGUGAAGCCUCCUCGCAACCCCAAAGAGCCACUAAUCUCCGGCUGGCUCUUCUUCAGAUACCUCGCCAUCGGAGGGUAUGUGGGACUGGGAACAGUUGGUGCUGCCACCUGGUGGUACCUGUAUGAUGAACACGGUCCACAGGUGUCUUUCCAGCAGUUGCGUCACUUCAUGCAGUGUACUGAGGAAAAUCCUAUGUUCAAGGGCAUCGACUGUGAAGUAUUUGAGUCCCGCUAUCCCACCACCAUGGCCCUGUCUGUGCUCGUCACUAUCGAGAUGUUUAACGCACUGAACAGUCUUUCAGAAAACCAGUCUCUGCUGAGGAUGCCUCCAUGGGUUAAUGUCUGGCUUUUGGGAGCCAUCUUACUCUCCCUGUCUCUCCAUUUUCUCAUCUUGUCCGUGGAGCCACUACCACUGAUAUUUCAGGUCACUCCUCUCUGCUACUCCCAGUGGAUCGUCGUCAUCAAGAUCUCCUUCCCGGUCAUCCUCUUGGAUGAGGCACUCAAGUACAUCUCCCGACAUCAUUUAGAAGGUGAAGAGGAGGCGAGGUACAGGAAGAGUCGGCAGCUGAAAUUCUAAGACGUCCCCUCCUGCUCCGGCACACGCACUCCGACACACGCACAUACACUCGCUGUCUCCCCCCCCCUCCCGUUUCCCUUUUAUGUAUCAGGCAGCACUCCUUUUUGCAUCUCCUCUCUAAAUCAUCCUCUCUGCAGGCCGGGUCACCGCUAGAAACAAUCUGGGCUGUGUCCAAGUGCGAGUGUGUGCGCGUCCGAGUGCAAGUGUAGUGAUGGUGUUGUACCAGCACAAGCAUGGCCUCCAUAACACAAUGUUGCGUGAUGAUAAACCGUGAAAGUUCAUUAGGGACUCGCUCUUAUUUGGCUUCUUCACUUCCAUGCAGUAGAUAUUAGUGGGGUUAGAACUGGGAGAGCAGAGGAAAAGGUCCAGAUUUAAAGGUCAUGUUGUGUUUUUUUGCUUGUGGAAUUAAGGUUUUGGAUCAGGUUCAGUCCUCGGAUGGACGGGUCAUUCCGUCACAGGACCAUAGGAGGUGCAGGAAGAGAAAGUGUGUGUGUGCGUGCGCGUGCAGGGACAGAUGCAAGGCCAGUUUAAUUGACCAGUCACAUGUACGUUUUUUGUUUAAGGCACAUUUCCACCAAGGUCAAAACACCUCGUUAGUGAAUCUGAAGUUAUUGGAGCUGCAGUGUCCCCGUUUUUUAAAAAAUAUAUUUUACAUCAUUGUGUGAACAUGAAAAAUUCAUUUAGCUUUCAAAAACAGUUUCGCCUUUUUUUUUGGUCACAAAUAUUUUGCCAGUUCUGUGCCGUUUGGGAUAUAAAAUGGGUUUUAGUAAUCACUUGUUGUUCUGUGACGAUUGCAGUUGACCAAUAAGCAGCAUCCGGCAACUUAAGCCCCGCCCAAAACAGUACAAAAAGUACCGAAGAUCGAGCAGGACUUGAAAAGGUUCAUGGGGUGGAGACGCUCUAAAAGUUCCUGGACACCUGAACGCAUCCUUGCCUCCUGUAAACAUUUCUAGGGACCUGAUAAAGUUACUUUGGUGGAAAUGUGCCUUUCUUUUUCUUUUCUUUUUUUUUUUUUUUUUUUUUUUAAACUCCAACACCUUAAAAUUGUUCAGAAGCUUUUUAGUUAAAAACUCCCAGCUGUGGUUUUACAAAUGAGCAGCUCUGAGGACUCUGUAAGCCCAACAUGAUGUUUACACAUGAGAAUUUCCUUUUUCUUUUCUUUUUUCUUUUCGCUUGUUUACUCACCCUGAAAUGUCCUGAUGGUCUUAUCACGUGUGUGUUCUUGGGGGAAAUCUGCUGGCGGGUCGUUUAUCUGAUUCACGCGGCUCUUGAUUCACACUGACUCUGUCGCAAGCAGGUUCUCUAUCAGGCUCCUUCUCCUCUUGUUUUCACAUUUUAGACGAAUUUCACAGGAACACUAGUCACCAGGAGCUGUUAGCAAACCCGUUUCCAAAAAAAGGACCGUUUGCUCGGAUUCCUGUUAGCGAGCGAGAGAGAGAAAGAGGAUGUAGAGCUGGGAAGAAACGUCAGAAAAUAGCGCCGCUCCGUGUAAAAAAAACAAUCUGUAAGAAGCCUCGGCAUGUAUAAACAUGAAGCCUGAAGCAUUUUACGUUAAGAUAAGGAUACACAUGCACACAGGAGGACACGGUGCCUCUUUGCUUUUAACACACACGCAUGUGCGCGCACACACGGAAAGAAAGAAACACACAUUUAAAUAUUACAGAGCAAGGUGUCUUAUGAAUGUAUGUCCACUUCCUUCUGAAUGCGAAACUGCUUUUAUUCAUCGUCUUUUGAUUGUUUUUUUUUUUAAACUGGUUUCUUUCUCCUCGCAUCCUUUUCAUUCUCGUUUUAACCUCAAGUUCCGUUCAGACACAAUUCAUUUCGUUGUCAAAAAAACCAAACCACUGGAGUUUUACCGUUAAGACUCGCCACCUCCUCCAGUGCUUCUCCAACCGAGCUACACUUUUUUUUUUUUUUUUUAAAUGAAUAAUAAUACUAGUAAUAAUAAUCAUAAUUGACUGAAAGAACCCAGGCGGUUUAUUUAGUGUGUCCAUUUUGCUGUUCAAGGUGUAACGCUCUCAUUAUCUGUUGAUUAUGGGCCAGUGUGCGUCUUUCGUUUGUGCGCGCGCGCGCAGGGAUCUAGCAGAGCAGCUACUUCCAUUGCCUAUGUGCCACUAUGUUGACCUUGAUAAUAUAGAUAUUGGGAGAUGUAAUGUAAUAUCUGUCCAAGUCUUGAUGCACUUCUCAUUGUGACAGAUGUGCUUAUGUGAAACGUAUAGCCUACAGUGUGUCGGCGGCCAUUUUAUAUGUAUAUUUAAAAAAACACAAAAAAAGUCUUCAUGACAGCAGUCUUUUUAGCUCCAUGUAUAAUAUAUCAACGAUCAUACUGGUUUGAACUGCUCCAGCAGAACUUUACGAGAAACACAUGAAACAUCGGGCAUCAUCUCCAGAGUGGUUGGUUUGUGUCGUACGUCUGGUCGAUUCCGAAUAAACGGACCGUAGGACUCGAAGCCCAACAUACUGACACACAACGGCAAUAAGGCCUCGUCCCGUCACUGUGGCUACACAAACCACUGGCAGUCCAAGCAACAGAAACCAUGGGCUUGUACAGCCUCGCUAAUUACUACUGAUCUCUUUCCAUUCUGUACAGGAGAAAAAAAAGAUUGCAUGGAACCUUGUUACUGUAAUUAAUAACCUAUACAGUAUGUAAUAUUUAAGGGUUUUUUUUUUUUAAAUUAACCUAUUUACCAGCAGCAAAAGAAAUUAAUGAUUUGGGUUUUUUUGUUUUGUUUUUUCCAAGGACGUGGCAUCAGGGGAUCUUGUUCUGUUUGUUUAUAGAGUUUGCUUAUUAAUUGUUUGCUUUUAAAGGUUGAUGGAGAUCUUUUACUUACUUAUUUUGUGCUUGAAUUGUUGUAAAAUAAAGUUAAGAAUCAUGCUAAUAAUAUUUGAGGGGUUUUGUUUUGUUUUUAUAGUAAGUUGGUUUGAGAAUAGCUGAGAUUUACCCCCCACCUCCCCUCAAUCCAUCCAGCUCCUGUUCACCCCGAAAAAGAUAUUAAUUUGUAUUCAUACUAAAAUGGUACAACAUUUAAUAUACGCUUAAGCAAUGCACCUAGAUACAGAGUUAAUAAAAGAACCACUUAAGUAAGAUGAGAUGGAGAGAGAGAGUUGUGAAAGACAGGGAGGCUUAAGCAGGGGCUGAUUUUUGAGAUUUAGAUUCUGGUUUACACAGGCCAAUGCUGAAUAAUGAAGUUUUUAAUGUGUACACAUUUUUGAAGGGUUUGGGGAUGGGUACAGCGGCUCCAGGGGCCCGGGAUUGGAACUGUGCCAUCCGUGUACCUGUUUAUCAGAGGAAGGUAACGUCAUCUAAUUUAUUUAAUUUAAUGAUUCGCAAGAUUUCCUGCCGUAAAAGAGAACCAUUCUGAACUUUUAUUUUUUAAAUAUGUAUCUAAAGGUUUUACUCGCUUGAUUAAAAACAUAGACAUCAUAUAGAUUCCUGUCUGUGUUAACUGAUGAAUUGUCCAGUUUUACCUGGCAACUCGUUUAUGUGCACAGUUUCUCUUGAGCAGCAUCUGGAGCCUUGUACCCGCUACUGAUCACCGAAUUUCUGCAUUGCAUUGGUAAUAUUGAUUGUGCAUACAUAAUUUUAUAUAUAUAUAUAUAUAUAUAUAUAUAUAUAUAUAUAUAUAUAUAUAUAUAUAUAUAUGAAAAAGAUACGAAAAUAAAGAUUAUUUAUCUUAUUUA